GCUCCCAAUCCAUGUCCUUGGACCGUCGUCCUCGCGUAAUAGUCCACCAUGGUACCCGAAGAAUGAGAACCUACCAUUACUACUGGUGCCAGCAUUGCCAAAGAACAGUGAGGAUUGCCUCCGGGAUCCUAUCAGAAAUUCUUCUAUGUCCUUUUUGCUCAUGCAGACUCCAGUAUGAGUUCCAUGCACCGAGGCAAAGGCUUGUCCCCACUUUUACAGGCCUAGGAGUCCUGGCAGCUGUGCUGUUGGAGGAUAUGGAUGUUAUUCUGCUCCCAAGGAGGCCGCAAACCACUGGUUUAAAUGGAGUUUUAUGGGGAACUGAAAUGCGUAUUCCCUCCAUUAAUGUCCCAUCUAGGGUCGGCCGUCAUUUGCGAAGACCACCUAGGCCACGUAGGCCGGUGGCUGCACCUGAAAAUGUGGCGGCGCCCAGAGUGGGUGGAAGCAAUUUUACCAUGAGGGACGUGCUGAACGAGGCGAUGGAGGAGCUUACUCACAAUGAGGUGACGGGGGAGAACACCCAAAAUGACAGGCCUGGGCCACCACCUGCUGCCCCUUCAGCCAUUGAGGCCUUGCCAUCAGUAAGGCUGACACCCACCCAUUUGAGGAACGACCCUUGUUGCCCAGUUUGCAAGGAGGAAUACCAGGCUGGUGAGGAAGUGAGGGAGAUGCCCUGCAAGCAUAUGUAUCACUCUGACUGCAUUGUUCCUUGGUUGAGAAUUCAUAACUCUUGCCCCGUUUGCCGCCAUGAGCUGGAAGCUUCCCCCAACCCUCAUGCUGUUCACAACACUAGAGCUGAAAAUUUUGAUGUUGAAGAGGUGACGAACAGCCUAGUCUGGCCAUGGAACUAGUUGUUCUCUAUGUGGUCGUUCCGUUCAUUGCCAAAUUGGAGGUACCCAGAUGGUCUUGAUUUCCAGUACAAUCGGCGUGGAGCUGGCACCUGGUGGCCUUCCUGGCUCAUUCUAUAGCAUAAAUAUGUGUACUGCAGCAGCACAUUCCAUGUGGAGAAGCUGCUUAUAACAUUAGCUUUGUGAUUGAAUUGUUCCUUAGGCAGGUAAGUAUAUAUAUCCAAUAUAUACUAAUUUCAAGGUUGCUCUGAUGGAAAGAUGUCGAGGAUUCGCAGGUACGUCCAUAGCCUGUAUUUUCUCUCUCUCUAUAUAUAUAGUCAUUUUUUCCCCUCAUCAUUUCUCCAUUUCAAUUAUGCAGUUAGGUUUCAUUAGGGGGCAUUGUUCAGUACUUGAAGCUCCUAACUAUCCUGAAGUGUUUUUUCUUCUUUCUUUUCAAGUUCUCAACAU